AUGUUGGGGAAUCUGGCCUACACAGAAGAAGUGAAGGACGAUGAAACUAUAGAAAAUGCCGGUUCGCAAGGCAAGAAAGAUGGGACUGGAGAUGAUAGUGACAACGAAGUACGUGGUGUAGAUGAUGAUGAUGAUGACUAUUUGAAUCACGUUGGUCCUCAUGCUCAUGGCAGUCUCUUCGAUCGCAUGUGGGAGCUGAAGAAAAAGGCUGAAGAACGAAAGGAGACCGAGCGCGAUAAGAAAUUGAAAGUUGAGGCGAAAAUUCUGGAGAGCGUCGCAGAAANGUUGGCGAAGGGUAUCCAAUACGACAAGCCUAUACAAACUGGCCAAACGGAAGCGAAAUCGGAAGAAAUCCGGAAAAAGUAUCGCAUACUGAUUGAGGGAGAAGAGGUUCCGGCCCCUAUUCGAAAUUUUGUAGAAAUGCGCUUCCCCACCCCACUUGUCAAUAUUUUGAAAUCAAGAGGAAUAGUGAAACCCACACCAAUUCAAAUGCAAGGUCUCCCAGCGGUUUUGAGCGGUCGCGAUAUGAUAGGGAUUGCUUUCACCGGUUCAGGGAAAACCAUGGUUUUCUCAAUUCCCAUCAUCAUGUUCUCAAUGGAUCAGGAACUCAAAGUUCCCUUUAUUCCUAGUGAAGGUCCUUAUGGCCUGAUUCUUGGUCCUUCGCGUGAGUUGGCAAGGCAAACGCACGAGGUGAUCAAUAGCAUCACGGAUGGAAUGGUAAAAGCCGGAUUUCCCGAAAUACGAUGUAGUCUGUGUAUCGGCGGAACAGCAGUUAAAGAUCAAGCGGACGCAUUCCGUCGUGCCGGUGUGCAUAUCCUUGUUGCCACACCGGGUCGACUGAUUGAUUUGUUGGAGCGCAAAAUAUUCAAUCUGGAAGUGUGUCGAUAUCUGGUUUUGGAUGAAGCCGAUCGCAUGAUUGACAUGGGGUUUGAAGAAGAAGUUCGAACAAUUUUUUCAUACUUCAAAGGUCAACGACAAACCUUACUGUUCUCCGCCACUAUGCCAAAGAAGAUUCAAAACUUCGCUAAAUCUGCCCUGGUCAAACCGGUAACUGUCAACGUGGGUCGAGCUGGUGCAGCCAGUAUGAAUGUCACACAGGAGGUGGAGUAUGUGAAACAUGAGGCCAAGAUCCCGCAUCUGCUUCAAUCACUUCAAAAGACUCCUCCACCGGUUAUUAUUUUUGCCGAACGCAAACAGGAUGUAGAUGCAAUUCAUGAAUAUCUCUUACUAAAAGGUGUCGAAGCUGUAAGUAUUCACGGAGGAAAAGACCAAGAGGAGCGUGUGUCUGCAGUAACUGAGUUUCGCGCCAAACAUCGUGAUGUCCUUGUUGCUACUGAUGUAGCCAGCAAAGGUUUGGACUUUCCCGAUAUCAAUCACGUCAUAAAUUACGAUAUGCCGGAAGAUAUAGAAAAUUACGUUAUAAACAGGUUGGAAUCUUUCUUUUUGACUUCGAAGAAGAGCAGCGACUUCGUGCCUGUCGGCAGUCAAGCGGUAAAGAUAAUCACAUCGGUUCGUAUUCCGCCAGCACCGGCUAACGCCAAGAUUUCCAUAUGUACCCAUACGGGCAUUCGACUGAACACUCCUGAAGAUCGGUUGUAUCAUUGA